AUGGCGAGGCCUGCUGGAAAACAAACCCUGGGGGGAAGAGGAGAGAUCAGGAAGGAUAAAGUGCCUGCCCAUGCAACUGUAAUUCCCGCCGAGGAAGCCGCAGGCACACACUGUGCCCAUUGUGCGGAGGUAACCGGACAGGAGGAAGGAGGGGCGGCUCGGCCCAGCUCCGUGCGCACCCGAGAGGCCACGAAGCGCCUCCUGGCCCACGGGCACCGCCGAUCUUUGCCCCGGGCAGCGUGCGGAGCCAGGCCCGGCUGCGGGCAGGGGCGCUGGCCGGCAGCCUCGGCUGAGCGAGAGGCAGAGCCGGGGCACGGCACGGCACGGAGGGAGCGAGGUCGCGGGACCGGGCACAGGCUGGAGCCACUUCUGCAACAGGCUGCAGGCAGGCGGGCCCCGCGCCUCCUCCCGCCCGCGGACGGGGACACCCGUGCUGGUGCGGCAAACACUGAGCGCGGCGAGGGCUGUGCGAGUCCUGCGUGGGCUCCGGGAGAGCCCCCACUGCACGGCCCGACCACCGCCCUUCUGCUCCCCGCUCCGGUCCCCCCGGCCCCGGGCGGGGACAGACAGUCACGCACGGACGCGAGGAUGAAAGCCCCCGUCCCCGAGGCCCCCCAACCUUUCCGUGCUCCCAGGGCAGCACCUCCUCUGCUCCGCACCCAGCCAGUGGGCACGGGCCGCUCAGCGCGGAGUGGGGCUGUCCCUGCCCCCUCGGUCACACCUCACCCUUCCGUACGCAGAGCCCUCGCCAGGUGCAAAGCGAUGCUCCUCACUGCCGGCCAAGCAGAGACCCGGGUGCCCGUGGGAGCCCCCGGCUGGGACGGGGGGGUGCCGCACGCCGCUCCCCGGCGGGUGACGAAGGGGCAAGCGCCGCUCCCGGCGCCCGCUCUCAUUCCCUGGCGCCACCGGGAACUUUUUACCGGUGCCGCAGCCAGCCCCGACAGCUCCCCCGAGCAGCCCCCGGCGGACGGCCGGAAACCCGCACACCGCCCCCAGCCGCCCCGCGGAGCGCCAGACCCACCCUCGGCCCAUGCCCGCGGAGCCGGCCCGGUGUGGCGGCUGCGCCUGCUAUGCCAGCGCUACCAGGAGUACGUGAGGCGGCACCCGGCCGCCACGGCCCAGCUGGAGGGCACCGUGCGGGGGCUCUCCUACCUGCUGCCAGGUCGCUUCUCGGACUCGCACGCGCUGUCGGAGCUGGUGUACUCUGCCUCCAACCUCCUGGUGCUGUUAAACGACUGGAUUCUCCGAAAGGACCUGCAGCAAAGCCUGCCAGUGUCGCUGCCCCAGCAGAAGCUGCUGACCUGGCUGAGUGUGCUAGAAUGCGUGGAGGUCUUUGCAGAGAUGGGGACAGCCAGGGUGUGGGGGGAGAUGGGCCGGUGGACCAUCAUUGUCCUCAUCCAGCUGGCUAAAGCCAUCCUUCGUCUCCUGCUCCUGCUGUGGUACAAAGCUGGCAUCCAGAUGUCUCCUCCCAUCGUGCCACUGAACAGGGAGAAGCAACAGCCUCUCCACCCUCAAGGCAUGGAAGACAACUCCUCAGGGAAGGAUCAGACCUAUGUUGGCAGGCGUUCCAGCCGUGUUGUGCGCUCUCUACAGAGCACCCCAUCCCUGCAGUCUCGGCACUGGGGGUCCCCCCAGCAGAGGGAGGAGUCGCAGAGCCGAAGAGCGGAGGAGAUGAACCAGCCUCCCACUCCUCUGGGUCUCCAGGAAACCAUCGCGGAAUCCAUCUACAUUACCCGCCCGCUGCUCCACCUAUUGAGUUUAGGAGUAUGGGGCCAGAGAUCAUGGAAGCCCUGGCUCCUCUCAGCAGUCCUGGACAUCUCAAGUCUGAGUUUGCUGAGUGAUCUGAAAGACCUGAACAGGCGAGAGCGGGCAGAGCUGAGGCGACGAACCAUCCUACUGCUGUACUACCUGCUGAGAUCUCCUUUCUAUGACCGAUACUCAGAGGGCAGGAUCCUCCUCCUUCUGCGCUUGUUGGCUGAUUAUGUGCCUGGAGUUGGCUUCAUCACACGGCCACUGAUGGAUUACUUGCCUGCUUGGCAGAAAAUCUAUUUCUAUAACUGGGGCUGAUAAGAAGAUAAUUACUCUCUACUAAAAUCACGGCUGGACGUUCCUAAGGAGGGAAGGCAGACUGGGGGAGGGAUGUUGAUAACGUCUAAUUUUCAGCUAAAUCAUAAAUGAGAAGCUCCUGUUCUGCAGAGCAGGGAGGGGAUUGUAUGUGAUUUUAUUUUUAACAGAUCUAGGCGUGAAUGAUGGACAUUAAAUGUGGGGAGACCCUGGCCACCUAUUUCUCUGGACCAUUCUGUGACUACAGUGAUGGUGAUGGGGCAACCUCUUUUUUGAAGCACUUGAUUUUUCUCCUUUUGUACAGGCCUGCUGUAAUAAAGCCAGGCAGCACAGUGGUUUUUUGGAGAACACUGUCUCACGUCAAGGCAACUGAGGUUGACCUACAACCUGCUUGUGUUGGCCAUGCCUGGCCCAUCUGCUUGGAGCAGAUUUGUCUGUCAAAUAAACUGACUGAAUGGAGAGAACUGA